GUUUUCCCGGUUUCCCUUACUUGCGACGAAAAUUUCCCGAAAUACGCGACAACGAAAAAAAUUUUCGUUUAAAAGAUCCGAUAAUUGUUUUUCGCUUGCAGAUCUUACUUAAAACAGAUUCUAUUUGUCAAUGUUAAAAUUUUACAAGUAACAAUGCAGAUGCAGAAAUAAUUUGAAAUUGUUUUGAACUCAUGAGUAAAUUUUCGAAAUAAAGUGAAAAAUGGCUUCGUGCCCGUUUCGUUUACCAUCGAAAGGUAAUGGAUCGAAUGAGAGGGGUGCAAAAAAGUCUCCUGUUACAAGACAGUGUUCGGUUCAAAUUGCAUCUAUGGACGAGGAGGGUGGUGAAGACAAUUGCACUUUAAACUCUAAACGGUUAGCUGCUGCUCUUCGCUUACUGACUUCACCCCCCAAUGAAGCUCUUCAAGUCGCCUAUUCGUCAUUACAAAAGAAAGCGGACUACAAUCUCUGGAGUGGACUUUCUUCACUCUGCCGAUUACCUGACGACGUUAGUACUUGCAAUAAUUACGACUUUUUAGAGGACCUAUACGAUACUGUGUGUUGUGAAAAAGAAAUAAACGAAAUUGAAUUUCUCGAGCAACUAGGUCACGAAUUAAUAGCGACUUCAUCGACGGAGAAACUGAAAAGGGCAUUCAAAUGUUUAGGAAGUAAUUUAAAGGAGUUCCUCAGCACGCUAGACAGCGUACACGACGUUAUCAACCUUCAACAGAAUAUCGAAGAAAUGGAUCACGAGGCCGUCUUCGUUUGUACAAAGAAGAGCGACCACCUGCAGUUCGACUUUACAACAGACAGGGUGGCGGUAGCGUAUUUGUUGAGUGGUACCUUGAAAGCCAUUGCGCACAUGUUUUAUUCUACAGACGUAGAAAUUACUUUCGAACAUGACAAGAACGACCCAAGACAUUUUAGGUACAAAAUUAGGACAACUGAAAAGGAUAACGACCAGUGGGUUUCAAGAAGCGGGUCGUUUUCGCCUCCGGAGUUCCAACUGAGCGUACGGACCUUCUGCAAAGCAUUUCCGUGGCAUUUUGUCAUGGACAGGAAGCUGGAGCUUGUACAAUUGGGUUUAGGUUUUAUGAAAAUGUUCGGUAGUGCUCUAAGGACUUGCGGUACGUCUGUGCCCACGUACUUCAAAUUUAAUCGGCCUCGCAAUCUCAGUCUUUCCUUCAAUGAGAUAAUCAAAAGGGCCAACACGUCCUUUUUGCUGGCCCUUCGACGUCCACCUGGCAUGGAGGACAAGUUUCCAGCUAAAAUGCUUCAGUUAAAAGGACAAAUGGUUUACUGUGCCGAGUCCGAUUCGAUUUUGUUCAUCGGAUCACCUUUUAUCGACGGUCUCGAAAGUUUAACCGGAAGUGGACUCUUUAUUUCCGACAUUCCACUUCACGAUGCGACAAGAGACGUAAUUCUUGUUGGUGAGCAAGCUCGAGCACAGGACGGUCUGAGACGGCGAAUGGACAAAUUGAAAAGUUCCAUUGAAGAAGCGAACCAAGCUGUCGACAAAGAACGGGAAAAGAACGUCAGCUUACUACAUUUAAUUUUCCCCCCAGAUAUUGCCAAACGACUCUGGUUAGGAGAAACUAUAGAAGCAAAGACUCACGAAGAUGUGACAAUGUUGUUCAGUGAUAUUGUUGGCUUUACGUCAAUAUGCUCAACGGCUACACCCAUGAUGGUAAUAAAUAUGCUACAAAACUUGUACAAUCAAUUUGAUGUAUUUUGCGGACAAUUAGAUGUAUAUAAGGUCGAAACAAUCGGCGACGCCUAUUGUGUGGCCGGCGGUUUACACAAAGGUUCGCAAACGCACGCUCAACAAAUAGCUUGGAUGUCGCUGAAGAUGAUGGAUAGGUGUUCUUAUCAUCAAACACAUGAUGGCCAGCCUAUAAGGAUGCGUAUCGGACUCCACACGGGAACAGUUUUGGCGGGGGUUGUAGGGGUGAAAAUGCCCCGUUAUUGCAUGUUUGGUCCGAACGUGACAAUUGCAAAUAAGUUCGAAUCGGGCAGCGAACCACUGAAAAUCAAUGUUAGUCCAACAACAUACGAACUAUUAAAGGACUAUCCAGGAUUUGAAUUUGAAGAAAGACCUCGAGAGUGGCUACCGAAAGGAUUCCCUUCAGACAUUCCCGGGACCUGUUAUUUUUUAAAAAGUUACCGACAUCCCGACUUACCAGAAGAAGCUUCGUUAACUGAACACGUCGAUGCUGCUAGAAAAGACGUAGGUCUCUACACAGAAUCGACGUAACUUGUAAUAUAAUCCGAUAUAAUUCAGGAAAUACCAUUUAAAAUAUUCUGAAGAAAAAUUUAAACCAAUGCAUUAUCCAGAUUUUAAUUCGCUCUAUCCUGAACUUGGUUUUGGUACUAACGGAAAUCAAUCAAUUUUAGAAAGGAUAUUUUAAGAAACGAAAUCCACUUUCGGUGUUGCUAGGGCCAAGAAUAUUAAAUGGAUCUUGUCUUGUCUUGUCUUGAAAACUAAGACAAUAUCAAAAACAAAAAGCUCAUUCGAGAUCACGUUGAGCAAGUCGCGAAACUUACGAAGUCGAAGGUAACGCAGCCGAAAUGCUUUUUAACAAAUCAACUUUUAAAUUAAAGUGUAACAGGGUAAAACAUUCCUCUUUAAAUGUCCCCACCGAACAUUAGAUUACCUCAAUUGUACCUUUUGGUUUUAAUAAAUUAUUAAUUGUUUAAGCACUUUGACAAAAAAUACCAUUAAAACAAAAUACAAUGUUCCUUAAUCAUCAAAGCAUCAUCUUUUAAUACUUUUUAGUUUAUCCCAUCGAAGCGCAAAACUCUUUCGAUGUAAUUAUCUAAUUAGGGAAAAUCGGGGGGGGUACCCUAAACUAACCAUAACCUAACUUUUAAGGGGUAUAUAACCUAAAAUAGAAAAAAAGAACUUAUACACCUUUUAAAUAAUCAGGUGCCUAUAUAAUCAAAUCGAAAAAAAGUUUUACUGUUCAAUAGGACAAGUUGAAAAGUAUUAAGAAAAGAUAUAAUGAUUUAAGCUUUUUUUUUCUUAUUUUCGUAUAUUUGGUCAAGUCGCAUAAGCAAUGAACAAUAAAAGAUGCAGUUUGAGCAAUUUUAUAUUCGGAACGGACAAUUCUUUAACCCAUUUAGUUAAUUAGAAAAUCGAUUUAAAAAAAUACAAAUUUCACGGCGUUAUCCUUGUCUUAUGAUUAGUAGAAAAAUUCUUGUCAAUAUCACUUACUUAAUGACUCGAAUUAGAACUACCGACAAUGCAAAAGAAAAGCAAAUCAGUGUCAUUUGAUGCUUCUAUUAGAGCAUAUUUUUUAAUAUUUUAAAGUAGUCCAGCCGGGCUUUGAACAAUAAAAUCGUAUAAGUACGAUUGACCACACGUCGACUAAAUAUUCAAGUAAAUUAGGACGAUGUUAAUUUAAAAGUAAUAAAAUCUAUUAAUUGAUGGCGAAAGAAAGAAUUUAUGUUUUAGAAUAGAUAGUUUAAAAGUGGGACAUUUUCAGAAUGUGCUUGAACAGCUGACGUACGAGGGUGGAUUGAUAAGUUUCCGGCCUGACCAAGAAAA